AUGUCUAGUCUCGCCGCUUCAGAUUCAACCUCGGCUACGGCCAUAGGUGCCGUCGCGCCCUUUUCUGGCAACAGUGCUCGGCGGACCGACUCCGUCCCUCUCGAGAGCAUCCGCCGCUCGACCGAAGCCACGAGCUCCGCGCAGAAUGUCGCGCCCGCCGACGGCCCAACCCCCCACGCCAUCGUCGCCGAAACCACGCCCGCCAACGCGUCCGAGAAACCCACCUCCGCUAAUGAUGCCACCGAAUCGUCUAUCGCGGCGCCCGAGGUGCCAGCCAAGUCGGGCGACGGUAUUGACAAAGCUCCGGAGCCGCCCGCAAAGGAGGCCGACGACGCCAUCGGCCCCGCUCAGGACAACAUCAACUCUGGCGCUUCGGCAGAACCUGGGGCACCUCCCGUAUGCAAUAUUACCCUGCUCUUAGCGUCUGGUAGUCGCUAUCCGUACAAGAUUGAUGCCAAGUACCUGGCUAGAAGAAAUGUGGUUAUGCCCGAUGAGACCGAGCACGGCCAACCAGAUCCUUUCAGCAUCAGCAUAUACACCCUCAAGGAGCUGAUACUGAGAGAGUGGAGGAGUGACUGGGAGGCUAAGCCUGCUAGUCCCAGCAGCAUACGUCUCAUUCACUUUGGAAAGCUGUUGGAUGACAAGGAGCAACUCAGGAAAUACCAAUUCAGCGCCGAAUCGCCCAAUGUGGUGCAUAUGAGUAUCCGACCUCAGGAUCUGGAUGAGGAAGAGGCAAAACCAGGUGGCAAGAGCCUCGGCGCUGGAAGUGGUGACGGUCAACGCUCAAGAUCCGGAGGCUCAUGCUGCGUUAUUCUAUAA